AUGAAGCGCAAAGCCGUCGACGACAGGACCGGCUCGAGCAGCAGCAGCUCCUCCUCGGACCGGUGGUCGCUGACGCCAUCCUCCUCGUCCCCCGCGGCCAGCAGCAGCAACCGCUCGAGCGCCGCCGCCGUCGCCUCCGCCUCCUCCUCCGCCAGCAGCAAACCGGCCGUCAGCCGCCGCGGCCACUCCAAGUCGCGCCUCGGCUGCCUCAACUGCAAGCGCCGCCGCGUCAAGUGCAACGAGCUGCGGCCGACGUGCUCGCCCUGCCGCCGCCUCGGGCUGCUGUGCGACUACGCCACGUCGGCGCCGCCGCCGCACGACGCUGUUGCCACCGCGCCGCCCGCUACCCCGUCCUCGGCCCUCAACCUCGACGACCUCCGCUUCUACUACCAGUUCCUCCACACGGCCUUUCCGUCGCUGCCGCUGCGCGCCGAACACGUGUGGAAAACGUGCGCCGCCUUGUCGCACCAGUCCGAGUGCCUCGCACACGCCGCGCUCGGGCUCGGCGCGCUGCACCUCACCAAGCACGGCAACACCGACUACUCGUCGCAGGCGCUCGCGCACCGCGUGGCGGCCCUCAAGAUUGUGCACGACCAGUUUGCCAAGCCGCCGCGCGACCAGGACAACGCCGACUGCCUCUUCGCCGCGCUGCUGUGUCUGGCCGCGCAGACGACGCUGCUGCCCGACGGCAUCGCCGAGUACCUGACCAUUACGCGCGCCGGCGCCCUCGUCUGGGCCUUUGUCGUGCCCCUCCACGGGGCCUCGGUCUUCAAGUGCUUCACCAACGAGAGCCACUCGGCGAACCUGUCGCAGAUUGUGAGCGAGGAGGAGCCCAAGGACCUCGGCCUCGUCGACGAGUUCCUCGCCUCCGUCGCCGGGGUCCGCGAGAUUUGCACCGGCGCGCGCGAGCUGUACUACUGCCAGCGCGUCGUCGGCGCCGUUGACGGCCUGCGCGUCUCGUCGCUGCAGGCCUGGCUGGCGCACGCCGACCUGUGGCGCGCGCACUGCUACUUUUCGAAUGACGACUUCCAGGCCUUUAUCGCGCCCGACAAUUACCCCGCGAGGCUGCUUAUUGCUCACAUGCUCCUGGCGGAUUACCUGCUCGGCCAGUUCUGCCUCAGCAGCGCCGAGGAGUUCAAAUUUACGGCUAGGAGAGAGGUUAUUGUCUCCUGGGUCAGAAACGCAAUUGGCGCGCUGCCAAGCGAGUUCAAGCCGUAUGGAGAAUGGCUGCUGGGCUAUUGCGAUGUCGUCGAGCGAAGCGAUGGGCGAUAUCUCCUUACCCCUUGA